UUUCCAGAUCACUUCAAACCAAAACCUGUGAUUUCUUUAAAAUUCUUUCAAAACCAUUCAGAGUGACGGAGCUGCAGUCGGAGAGCUCAGCUGAUAUUCAGGACGUCAGAGGACGUUUCUGUGUUUUCAGUGUUUUUGACCUUUGAUCAGAACAAACAUGGCGUCUGUGAACGGAGAAACGAGGCGAUUCUUAUUCCUACAGCUCCUCAUCGCCUCUAUCCCAGCAUGCACUGGGGUUCCUGAAGGAGUGUUUGUGAGCAGACCCGAGGCGAGCGCUUUCCUGCGUCGCAGUCGUCGGGCGAACUUCCUGCUGGAGGAGCUGAAAUAUGGAAAUCUGGAGCGCGAGUGUCUGGAGGAGAAAUGUUCCUACGAGGAGGCGAAGGAGAUCUUUGCUCUUCCUCAGCAGCUGGAAGCCUUCUGGAGGACGUACACAGCGGUGGACCAGUGCCUCUCGUCCCCCUGUAAGAACGGAGCCACCUGUACUCGCCACGUCAACACAUAUUUCUGCAAAUGUCCAUCUCGUUUCCAUGGAUACAACUGCAACAAAGUGCGUUUGACCUCCAGCAGCUGUCGCUAUAGAAACGGCGGAUGUGAACAUUUCUGCAGAGAGUUUCCAGAUCGUCCUUACAUCUGUUUCUGUGCUCCGGGAUACAAACUGGGUCCGGACAACAGCACCUGUGUGCCCCAAGAUGGCGUCCCCUGUGGAAGACCUUGGCCACACAUGUCCCCCAGGGUUGUAAACGGGAAAGCAUGCCCUAAAGGACAAUGUCCAUGGCAGGCUCUGUUGACUGCAAAUAAGACUUUGAUUUGUGGAGCCAUCGUCCUGUCAGAUCAGUGGAUUUUAACCGCAGCUCACUGUGUUGUGAUUAAAGGGAUUUUCAAUAUCAGUGUCGGGAAACAUGAUUGUCAGAACCCGGAGGAGAAGGAGCAGAAGCGGCGUGUGGUCAAAGUGCAGAUCCACCCAGGCUACAACGAAUUCAGCUACGACAGCGACCUGGCCUUGCUGAAGCUUUCCUCCCCGCUGAAACUGGGCCCCCUUGUGGUGCCCAUUUGCCUUCCUGCCCGGAACAGCACCUUCAUCAGGGCGAUGGCAACUGUCCGCCACUCCACCGUGUCCGGUUGUGGCCGCAUGGCGGAGAGAGGACCCAUCGCCAGUUUCCUCCAGCGACUGGUGCUGCCGAGGGUCCCUCUCCAGGAGUGCCGCCUCCACACCAAGCUUAACAUCACCCGGAACAUGCUCUGCGCCGGGCACAGGGCCGGACGUCAUGACUCCUGCCACGGUGACAGCGGCGGUCCUCUGGUGACGCUAUACAAGCAAACCUGGUUCCUGGUGGGCGUGGUUAGCUGGGGGAAGGGCUGCGCCAAUGAAAACAAGUACGGCGUCUACGCCAAAGUCAGCAACUUCCUGGACUGGAUCGAGAACGUCAUGUCCACCGUCUGAAACACGACGCUUUUGUUAGUUUCAUGAUUCUUCUCUCAAAUUACUGAUCAGUCAUUUGUUUUUCACAUGAAACAUGUAUCAACUUUAUAAAUCUUCAUUAAAAUACAGAGAAUAUAGUUUGACGGAUAUAUAUCUACCUCUGAAAUCCUGUAUAAUAAAUAUUUCUUUGUGUUUGUAA